AAAUGUUUGUCAGUACUAGACCCAGGAAGAGAAGCAAAGCAAAGUUGUGCAUAUGGCGAUGAUUUCUGUGUCGUCGCUAUUGAGAGGAUUGCUGAAUCCGUGUCCUUGUCCUCAGCUGUGUGUAGCAAGUUAUGGACCCAGGAAGCUUCAUUUCCGGUCAAAGCUUUUUGCUAGGUAUUCACCUGCACAGGAUCGUUUCUCUUCGCGACUUCAAGACAGUAUUGAAAACUUGCCCAAACUUGUGGAGGAUAUCAUCCAGACAUCUAUCAGCACAGGUCCUCGUGGACCCUUAAGGCUAGCUCAAGGCAUCCAAGCUGUUCUUGGAGUUGGUAGCGAGUGGCUGGCAGAUGUCUCACAGUCAACAAAUUCACCUUCUGGAUUGACUACCCAAUCGCAGCUUGGAUUACUUUCUCCACUAUAUCUGAGGAAAUUGUUUGAACGUAUGGGAGCAACCUAUAUCAAAUUAGGUCAGUUCAUAGCUUCUGCACCAACAAUAUUUCCACCAGAAUAUGUUGAAGAAUUUCAGAACUGUUUCGAUAGAGCUCCAGCAGUACCCUUUGAAGAAAUUGAAGCCAUCCUGCGCGAGGAAUUAGGAAGGCCAAUAGAAAGUGUGUAUGAGUUUGUUGACCCGACACCAAUUGCCUCAGCCUCAAUAGCACAGGUUCAUGGGGCUAGACUUAAAGGUACUCGAGAAGAUGUGGUUAUAAAGGUCCUGAAACCUGGAUUGGAAGAUAUAUUAGUGGCAGAUUUGAACUUUGUGUACAUUGUUGCUCGCCUGCUGGAGUUUUUAAGCCCUGAACUCAGUCGAGCAUCGCUGGUUGCUAUUGUCAAAGACAUAAGGGAAUCCAUGCUUGAAGAAGUUGACUUUUAUAAGGAAGCUGCAAAUGUUGAAUCAUUUCGGAGAUAUUUAGAAGCUAUGGGACUUACAAGGCAGGCUACUGCCCCAAAAGUCUAUCAGCAUUGCAGCACCCGGCGAGUUUUAACCAUGGAGAGGCUUUAUGGAGUACCUCUUACUGACCUGGACUCCAUAAGUUCACUUGUUGCUAGUCCAGAGACCAGUCUUAUAACAGCCCUAAAUGUUUGGUUUGGUAGUUUGCUUGCAUGUGAAACUUUCCAUGCAGAUGUACAUGCUGGCAAUUUGUGGCUAUUACGUGAUGGACGUAUUGGGUUCCUAGAUUUUGGUAUUGUGGGGCGCAUAUCUCCCAAAACUUGGGCUGCUAUGGAAGUCUUUCUGACAUCAAUUUCUAGUGAAGAGUAUGAAUCAAUGGCAUCUGCUUUGAUUGAAAUGGGGGCUACAGACAAGGAUGUUGAUGUUAACGCCUUUGCUCGAGACUUAGAAAAAAUAUUUUCAUCAAUACAGGAACUCGAUACAGAAUUAGUUGUUGCAACAGCAAGAGACGCUAAUACAAGAGCAACCGCUGUUUCUGCCAAUGUACUUGUUGAUGAAAGGCAAAUGAAUGCAAUUUUUCUCGAUGUGGUUCGUGUCAGUGAAUCUUAUGGACUCAAAUUUCCAAGGGAGUUUGCCCUUCUUAUGAAACAGCUUCUUUAUUUUGAUCGCUAUACUCGGUUGUUGGCCCCUAACAUGAACAUGCUUCAAGAUCAGAGGAUUACAGUUGUUUCAAAUGGACGAAGCAGAAACAGCAGGGAUAACUUCAAAUGAAGGUUGCAUAUGCAGGCACCAGUAGCUUUGUUUUAUUCCAUUUUGUUUUACUUUGUAAAUACAACAAAGUGAAUUGGAAUGCACUACACUCUUUAGAAGCCAUUCACAAAUAGGAAAUAUAUAAUACCCAGUUUGCCUA